GUUAGUGCGGGGUAGUAAACACUCACUCAGCAGUCAUCUAGUCCGAGUGGCUGCUCACUGACACCCUGGACGACUCCGCGAUUUAGCUUGACACGUGAUCAUUAAUUCAUUUACAACCUUUGGAUAAAAUUCCGAAGCCAAACCCGUAUGCAUUUCCCCCCCUUACACAGAAGUGCCUUUGUGCGUCUGGAAAGAGCGAGCAGCAGCACUUUGCCUUGAUGGGAUACAAAAGGCGCAAGUUUACGCCUGUCAGUUGGAUUUAAACAGGGUCGGAAUGACUCAGGCUCCAAUUAUGGACGGAAAAACUCUGCGGUGACUUUGAUCACAUCAUUCGGCAUUUGUUGGGAAUACUUUCAUCGUCCAAUCAACAAGAGAUGGACUCGAUGGGGAGCACCAUGCAGAACAAGGCUGCCGAGCUGGAGCGCAUGGCUGAAGUCCUUGUCACAGGCGAGCAGUUGAGAUUGCGGCUCCAUGAGGGCAAAGUCAUCAAAGACCGGAGGCAUCAUCUCCGCACCUACCCCAACUGCUUUGUGGCUAAAGAGCUUAUUGAUUGGUUGAUCGAACAUAAGGAAGCCUCAGACAGAGACACGGCCAUCAAGAUCAUGCAGAAGUUGCUCGACCAGAGCAUCAUCCAUCAUGUUUGUGACGAGCACAAGGAGUUCAAAGAUAUGAAGCUGUUUUACCGCUUCAGGAAAGAUGAUGGAACGUUUCCUUUGGACAGCGAGGCUAAGGUUUUCAUGAGAGGCCAGAGGAUAUAUGAAAAAUUGAUGAACACAGAGAACAGCUUGGUUAAGACUCGGGAGGAGGAGAACGUUCCCUACGAGCGUACACUGGUGGCGUCAGAGUUUAUUGACUGGCUCUUGCAGGAGGGGGAAAUGGCCACCAGAGAGGAGGCGGAGCAACUUGGGCGGAGACUGCUGGAGCAUGGAAUCAUUCAGCAUGUAACCAACCAGCACCACUUUGGGGAUGGUGACCUCCUCUUUCAGUUCCGGAUGAAUUUCCGACGGCGGCGGCGACUGAUGGAGCUACUGAACGAGCGAACUCGUAUGAUUCCAGAGAGCCACGACAGCCCUUUCUGCCUGCGCAAACAGAACAUGGACAUCAGCAGCAACAGCUUUCUCUCUGUAAGCCCAACUAAAGAGAUUAAGGUGGUGUCGGCAGUGAGGCGAAGCAGCAUGAGCAGUAGCUGUGGCAGCAGUGGCUAUUACAGCUCCAGUCCCACUCUGAGCAGCAGUCCUCCUGUGCUCUGCAACCCGAAAUCUGUGCUGAAAAGACAAGUAAGCCCAGAGGAGCUACAGACUCCAGGAGGUCCGUUUGUAAAGAAGACAUUCACUAUUGUCGGUGAUGCAGUGGGCUGGGGUUUCGUUGUCAGAGGAAAUAAACCCUGCCACGUCCAGGCUGUUGACCCCAGUGGACCAGCUGCUGCAGCAGGGAUGAAGGUGUGUCAGUUUGUGGUCUCAGUCAACGGGCUGAAUGUGCUGAAUCUGGACUACAGGACCGUCAGUAACCUCAUCCUCACAGGACCCAGAACUGUGGUCAUGGAGGUCAUGGAAGAGUGUCAGUCAACACCUUUGGUCAAAUCUUCAGCAGAAUGAUCUGGAGUAAGGCAGAGAUCCAGUCAUCGGCUGUCACAACAUCACUGUUGGUCUUAUCACUAUUAGCUCAGUUACACUACUUCCUAUUUGUGCAUCACAUCGUUCUCGAAGAGAUUCAUUAUGAGGAUGUUAUGACGGCAGAGGGGAAAAUGAAUUUGUGUCAUGAUAUUGAAACCAACUGUUUUUAGAUUGAAGAUAUUGAGUACGGGAAUCCAUUCCUAAACGUUUGGUGUGUAGCAUUCGAGUGAUGGCCAAGAGCUUCAUUCAGGUGAAGGCAAGGUUUAUGAGUAAGCUGAGCGAAGCUAACGAUAACACAUUGUUGUGUUGCAGUGCCGCGGUGCAUUCAUGCAUGGCUAACAAAGUGUCAAUUCCACACAUUUUCAGGGCUAAGUGUCAAUAGGUCAUAUUUUGAGACAACCGAACAUUCUUUAAUUAGGAUUUAAAAGGGAUAAGCUUUACCUCGGCAGUGUCAGAAACAUGUCACUUUUUUCUUUUUUGCAUUUGUAAAUAUUAUUGAAGAAAAAUGUUGAUAUUCAAAAAACAAAGAGCACUUAGGUAAUAUGUGAUUUCUAAAUAUCUGCAAUUUGUGCAGAUAAAUAUCAGACCACUGAAAACAAUAUCAGUUUUUAAACAGUUGUAACCAAUAUUUACACUGCAAUAAAUGUCAUUUAAGCAAGUGCAAAUAUCUUAAAUAUAGUCAAAUCUAUUGUUUUUUUUUAUUAUAAGAUUAUAUUAAAACAGAUCAAUUUAUCUGAACUUAUUUUAAGCUGUGAAUUUUCCUACUUUAUUAGCAAAUAACAUUUGUGGACUGUGUUUUCUUUCUAGAAUCUUUCAAAAAAAGAAAACAUUUUACUAUAUUUAUCUCUAUAAAAAUAUUUUCGAUAUAUUUCCACUUGCUAAAAUGAACAAUUUUGACAGUGUAAUUCACAUUUUACAGUGAAUUGUCUAUUACUGGAAUGCACAUUUUAAGUCUCUUUAUUAUGUAAUAGAGUACAUACAGUAGCAAUAGUUCUAACAUUUUUAUAUUAAGGUUCCCUUAUUUAGUGAAUAGAAUAAAUUACACAAUAAACUUAGUAUUAACAACCCAAGUGAUUUUAACAAAGAACUUUUACUGACUUUUACAAGUUAAUUAAAUAUUCAAGCUUUCACUAAUGUUUACUCAAUCUGUGACUAAAACUUAGACCACAGAAAUGAGCAAAAACAAAAUGAUACCAUCUUACCAAACAUUUUACAUUUCCCAGGUGGUUUUGAGAGCUUUUCAGCCUCAAUCCUGAAUUUUACUAGUUAACAAUCAAUAUGGUUGGUUCAAAUUGCUCAUUGUUGGCUUAUUUGUACUUUCUGAUAAAAUAAACAUUGGUUAAUGGAUAUUUAACACAUAUCAAAUCAGGUAUUAAAUUGCAUUUUGGAUGAUUUAAGUUAUGAAUAUUUUCAGGUUCCUGGUUCAAUAAGCUUAAUUUUGACACCAGGUUUAUUACUGUAAAGCAAGAUUGUUUAUGGGGAUAAAUGAAUGCCUCGGAAAAAAAAAUCUAUCUUUUGAAUAUUUAAACGAGGAUGUAGUAAGAACAAGGGAACCUUCUGCCUCAUUUUGACACCAGGAUUUCUACACCUGCAACGCCUUUAAUUAACUUUGCCAGCUGGGUGGUUUUAUAGAAAAAAACAAAACAAGUUUUUUUUUUUUCAACUGGAGUAACCAGCUUGGAUAUUGUUCAAAUCUUUCUCACUUCUGUUGAUGGAGGAAGAUGGGGAUUUGAUCAACCCAUUUUUGCCAAAAUAAAAAACAUUUUUAUAUUUCAUCCACUGCACAUUAUCGACCACAGUACAAAACUAACCUGCGUGACUUAGUACCUGACUUGAUAUGACGGGUCGCAUUUGAUUAUUUGGCUCAUUUGAUUUUGGAAUAUUUUGAUUUAUUAUCAGCUAGCUCAACUGAUACAAGUGUUUGCUUCUUUGUAGCAAACACUCGUUAUGCUGAAAGCAAAUUAUUAAUUGUUUAUGUUGCUAAUACAAUAAAUGUUAUUAGUUCAGGAAACCUUAAUGUAAAGGAUUACCUCAAUAAUCAUAUUGUGCUGAAUGUUCAUGACAACAUAUGAUAGCCAUAUUGUUUCAUGUUUUAACAUGAUAGAUUUUUUUAAAGAUUAAUAAUAUAGUAUUUGAUGUCACUUGAAAAAGUGAAGAAGAGUAAUCUUCUACGAAACGCACAUUUUUAAGAACAAUUAUAAUGUUAAGGAAAUGAAGAAUGAAACCUGAGUUGAUCCAAUGUACAAGAUUAAAUGUUAGUAGUGUUUGCUAACAAUUUGCUGGGGGACUAUUAAGGAUAAAUAAAAAGCCUUGAAAGUAUGUUUUGUACUAUCUUUAAACAAGGACUGUGAAUUCUGACUGCCAGUCCAUUUCGAGUUCAUAUUCCAGAUUUUACAGUGGAUUUGUGCUGAUUUUCCUGGCUGUAUGUGUGCCACAACAUAGAAGUACUGGUUUCACAGAUGGCACUGAACUUGCAGUGCUUCUGCCUUAAUGCCAUUUAUUUUGCUGCUGGUGAAAACCUAACACUCUUCAAUAAAUGUGGACAUUUUUAAUCCUAAACGCUCUCUGUGACAGACUUGUUUUACUGAUUCUAACUGUCCAUUAGCUUUCCUUUUCUGGGAAUAAACAUAACACAUUUAUUUCCUCUGGCACGUAAGGGUAUAAACAUAAAGGCAACUCAGAUAAAUGUAACACUCUCAAGUGCAGAAAAUGUACACAUACAGUACAGUAAAGACAUUUUUUUUACACACUAGAAAUGCAUCUGUCUAAGGGGAAUAAGCUGAAGGUACCAAUUAUGUAUUUUGAAAAAUCAUACCAUGUCUGUUGAAAUGUUUUAUUAAACAUGUUGAUUUGAAUGAA